GGCCCCAUGUCGAGCUGCGCCACCGCCGGCCCGCGGCUCCUCCUCCUCCCGGGCCCGGGCGGGGCCUCAGGGCGGCGGGGCUCGCAGGCGGAGAAGCGGGGAUGAAGAAGCAGGCCACUGAGUCUCCACAGCUGUAAACUGCGCCUGGUUCAGUAGCUCUAUGAUGCUGUUGGAACAUUUGGCACGCCGGGCGUGCAGAGUUCAGAAGCUGCCCUCUUGCGAUACUUCCAGGCAACUCUGGGCAUGGCUGAACGCUGUUUUUAACAAGGUGGACCAUGAACGGAUCCAGGCCGUCGGCCCAGACAGAGCAGCCUCUGAAUGGCUCCUGCGUUGUGGAGCGCACGUCCGUUACCAGGGCCUUGAUAAAUGGCAGCAAGACUACAACCAGCUCCCUACAGGGGCACUGGGCAGAUACAAGAUACAAGCCAUUGACGCCACGGAAUCUUGCAUCAUGCAUAUAGGAUUUGAUUACCUGGAAGGCCUGGAGCAUGUUGAAGAGAUCAAGUUUUGCAAGUGCGCGUACCUCCUGGAUGGGUGCUUGCAGCGGCUCAGCGAGAUCCAGAACUUACAGAGGAGCCUGCUGCGUCUGUGGAUCGUUUCCUGCGGGAACAUCACCGACCAAGGCGUUACUGCGCUGCACAAGCUCAGCAAUCUGGAGUAUUUGUUCCUGAGCGACCUACCUGGGAUCACACAGAAGGAAACCACCGCAGAGAUCCUUAGGAAAUCGUUGCCAUCCUUGGUGGUGGAAUUAGAAUUGGAAUAAGCGAUCGUGCCCCGUUUUGCUUCAUUGUAUUAUUUUAAAAAUAAUAAAUCUUCCUUGCAUCGUG